AUGGCUCCAUCAGCAAUUUCACAAACUCCUACUAAGGAUGUUCAACAAUCCGAUGAACUCCUAGCUGCCGCUGUCACCAAAAAGAUUGCAACCACUGAAUUCGGCACUCUUCCUCACCUCGAUGCAUCUUUACUUAAAAUCACCAAAUCUACAACGCCGAUGAGCGUUCCUGCGGCAGGAGAUCCAAUCAUCAAUACCGGUUCUCAAUGUACCGACCAUAUGAUCACAGCCGUUUGGAGUGACAAAACUGGAUGGGGUGCACCAGAACUGAAGCCAUAUGGAAAUCUCUCACUUGCUCCUACAGCUUCCGUUUUGCAUUAUGCAACUGAAUGUUUCGAGGGCAUGAAAAUGUACCGUGGAUUCGAUGGAAAGCUCAGAUUAUUCCGUCCGGAUUGCAACUGUCAGCGAAUGCUCACUUCCGCUACACGUAUUUCUUUGCCAGGAUUUGAUCCCAAGGAGUUGCAAAAGCUCAUCGUUAACCUGGUUUCUGUGGAUGGACCAAAAUGGCUCCCAGAACCUGGUACUUUCCUCUACUUGCGACCCACCAUGAUUGGUAGCGCUGGAGCACUUGGCGUUGCUGCCCCCAAAGAAUGCACAAUGUUUGUCAUUUCCACCUUCAUGCCUGCUAUGGAUUCACCCCAAGGCAUGAAGCUUCUUGCCAGUCAAGAAGGUGUUCGUGCCUGGCCCGGCGGAUUCGGUUUCGCCAAGGUGGGAGCCAAUUAUGGACCUACCUUGAUGGCAAACUCGGAAGCUCGCGCCCGUGGUUAUGACCAAGUUUUGUGGUUGCUCGACGGAAUGGUUACCGAGGCUGGAGCCAGCAACUUCUUGGUUGUGUGGGAGACCAAGGAGGGUAAGAAGCAGUUGAUUACUGCUCCUUUGAAGGACAAGAUCAUCUUGGAUGGUGUUACCAGACGAAGUGUUUUACAACUCGUCCGAGAACGCAUCCCCGAACUCGAAGUUGUCGAGCGCAACUUCACUAUGGACGAGCUCGCCGAGACCGCCAAAGAAGGUCGCGUCAUUGAAGCUUUCGCUUGUGGAACUGCAUACUUCGUUGUCCCCGUCGCACAGAUUAACUACAGAGAAAAGGACAUCAACAUCCCCAUGUCUCAGGGUAACAGUGGAGAGUACGCCGCCAAGAUUAAGCAAUGGUUGGUCGAUAUCAUGUACGGAAACGUGGAGCAUGAAUGGGGUGUUGUCGUUGAUGAAGUUGGCGCAUAA